GAGCUCGGGAAGGGUGUGUUUCAACUGUGUUUUGUGGGCGAUUAGUAUUUAAUAAAAACAUAAUAGUGGCGUGGGCAAAAAAAGUUAAGUUUCGUUUUCCCCAGCAGCGUCACUUGACUCUUCAUCAUGGCCGAAAUGGACGCGAGUCCGUUUUCUCUGAUGAGUCUGGAGGACGAGCUGACCUGCAGCAUCUGUCUGAGUCCCUUCGACUGUCCGGUGACCAUCCCCUGCGGACACAACUUCUGCCAGGACUGCCUCCUCGCCACCUGGAAGGACUCCUACAGCUGUCCUCAGUGCCGGACCCACUUCGCCACCAAACCGGAGCUGAAGAAAAACACGGUCCUCAGCACCGUCGUGGAGACCUUCAACCUGAGGACGAACAAGAGCGAGGCCACCCCGGCAGCAGAGGAGAGCAAAGCCGAGGAAGAGGGUGUCAUACGCUGCGAUACGUGUAUGGAGGCAGAAGCGUCGCAGACCUGCCUCACCUGCAUGGCCUCUUUCUGUGAGGAGCACCUGCGGCCUCACCGGGAGAACCCGACCUUUAGGCUCCACCAGCUGAGUCAGCCCCUCGGCGACCUGUCAGAGCGGAUCUGCCCGGACCACCACAAGCUGAUGGAGUUCUUCUGCAGCCAACACAGCCGCCCUAUCUGCAGCCUCUGCCUCCAGCAGGUGCACAAAGGCUGCUCCUUCAUAACCCCUGAGGAGCAGAGGAACCUGCAAGAGCUUGGCCUGAGAGACAAGCUGGUUUUGCUGGAUGGGAAUAUUGAGAAGACUGAGACUGCUGUGUUUCAAAUAAAGAACACGCAGACCAAGUUGAAGGACGCAGCAACCAAAAGGAAGACGGCAUUGGCAGCUUUGUAUCAGCAGAUGCGGAAUAUGUUGGACCAAGAAGAACGUCAGGCCCAGCAUGACGUGGACGGCGAGCUUGACAUUUGCCAGACUAAACUUCGGGACUUCAUGAAGAGGUUGAAUAACAAUACUGUCAAAAUGAGCAAAGCCAAAGAACAUAUCAACAGGCUGCUGAGUCAAUCCCAUACGCUGGCCUUUCUACAGGCUUCAUCUGACUUCAAAGCUACAAAGUUUAAUGACCCUUCUGUCCCUCGAAUCAACCUGGACUCCAAGAAGGUGACAGCAACACAGGCCUUUUCUGCUCUGCUGAAGGAGCAUCUGACAGAGAUCCUUAAACAGCCUGUUGAGGCCAGACUACUCAUACUUAGACCAGAACUUAACCCUGGCUUUGUUGCAUCUGAAGUAACCAAGCCUCCAAAGCAGAAAAGGCAGCCCAGGUCCCACAGUCCAGGUCGUCCCCCCAUCCAGCCAUUAUUCCAGCCAUUUCCUGGACAAAUGUAUUCUUUUAUGGGGAACCAAGCAUACUGGAAUCCAUCUCAGUAUAUGCAGGGUCAGCCACAGGGCUCUUAUCAGGGUCCUCCGUUUAUGGCAGGACAAACGACAAAACAAGACAAAAUGCCCCCCAAUGCUCCAGGAGGAAAUAUGCCAAGUGCUAAAGGAUUUGACUCCAAUAAAUACUGCAUUCCCAGAAGAUAAAUCCAAGUAGCCACUAUCCUUAUCCUUUAGCAUAACUGGCACUACUAUAUGGCUUAAAAAGCAUCAUAGACACACAUACACAAAACCUUUGGUGCUUAUUUGCAUUACUUUCAACAAUAGUCACUGUGGAUAUGCAGUAGCUUUGAAAUGAACAUUUACAAACACCUUGAGUUCUGCAUUUGUUAAAUGAUUAACACAUCCAAAUAUAAUGAUAUCAGAGUGAAGGUUUUAUUCUACCCAGCAGGAACAUACUGUAUGGCAGCUGUGAUCUCUGACGAGGGAUCAAGGGAGCAGUCCUCUUAAAUUCUUUAUAAUAUAACAUAAUUAAAACACAGAGACAUGUUGCUUAUUUAUGAAAAUAUUUAUGGGAAUGUCUUCAAAUUCAUAAGAUCGCUUCAUUACAUUCAAUUCAAUCAAAAUCUGUCUUUGUCACUUGUAAUGACAAUUUCAUCAAACCCUCUUUUUACUACCAUUUUUUAAACACCAAUGAUUUACAUGAUUGUUACCAAUAAAAAAAUCUUAUUCUCUCUUACUUUGUAUUCUCAUUACUGUUUAGCAAAGGCCACAUAAGGACCAUAUCGUGGUCAAAGUAAAAUGUAUUAUGUUUCUGCACAUUCUUAUCAGCUUUAGGGUUCUCUUAUCUCUACAGAUAUUUGACAGCAAAAAAGUAAGCAUAUUCAAAUAUAUAUAUAUAUAUAUAUAUAUUAAUUAAUAAUGAAAGUAUUUCGGUACACACGACACAGUGGAAUUUGCCUUAAGAAAUUGAGUCUAUAUAAAUACAGUUCUGUAUCUGCCAAGAUUUAACAAAUAAUAAUAAACUGACAGGAUUGAAUUGGGAACAAUCAAAACAACCAAUAACAUCACAGUCAUGUUGCUCAACCCCCAACCAGGAAACAAGUAAAGGUCUUUAGCCACGCUAGCAACCUUCUGAGGUGUCAUCUCAUUACAACAGUAAACACACAUUUGUUGGAUGGUUUCAAAAUGGAGGGAGCACUUUGCUAUUAAUAAAUCCUUUCCUCUAGUGGCACCAGAAGAAAAGCAUUGUUACAUAAAUCGAAAAGGGUAAUCCUUCGAUCAGCUUAUCAGGCUCAGCUCUGCGUUGUCAACUCUCAUCAGAUCAAAGCUGCAUUAUGAGGUUUUUGCUUUAGCCACUUUGGGGCAUAACUCCAGAACAAGCUGAACAUCCCACUAAAAUAUAUUGUGGCUUUUCAAAGUUGCUAUGCCAAAUAUAUUAGCAAAAAAAAACCCUACUGAGCAUCCAGCAGACACAGACAGUAAAAGCAUUCAUUUGAAAUCAUGUUUCUGGCAACCUAACAAAUGCAAGUGCAAUGUUCACUGUCUUUGUAGCUCUGUUUUGAUCUCUAGCCGCAAUCUCAAGACACACUUGCCACUAUUGGCACGCGGUAGUCUAACCAAUGGCAUAUGAGCAACAACUGUGCAAGAGAGUUUUUUUGGAAAUGUUAAAGUGCCCUCCCAUCCGCCGGCCUGUUAUCUACAGCAGUUUGAUCGACCUGCAUUCUGUGAAAAACCUGCCCUACUGCCUCUGAUCGGCUUGUACUCAUUGACUUCUUCGCAGAAUGCAGGUGGAAAACAAAUGACGCAAGUAGAGAUUUGAGCAGACCAUCUCAGAUUUGGAUGUUUCCAUAAGGAUGGCAGCCUUCAUGUAUAGUGCUCAUAUUUAUGUUUGUUACAGUUUACUGACCCAUUGCAACACUUUGUAAAUGAGGGAAUGUCAAUGAAAGCAGUAUGCUGAAAUAUGAUUUUUUUUAAAAAGGAGACUACUAUUUGUUAAGUUUGUGCUGGGCAUCUGACCAAAACAGGGAAGCCAUAAAACCAAACCUAGAAAUGGAAACACGCUAAAGCUCUCUAGAAAUCAAAGGGUAACGGCAGAGUUGUCGAUGACCGUCUCUGGGUUCUCCACUACCAGUAACCCGUUUCACAUUACACAUAUUAAUUCUAUCCAUUGUUAAUAUAAAAAUACUUUUGAGUGAAGCCUUAAGCCGUUUUGUCAUCAACACCUGUAUCAAAGUCCAACUCUGAUUUCAGCUGGAGGCUAGCAUGUGCUGUCAUUCGUACAGUAAGGAUGUAUUGUGCUAAUAUUUUGCAUGUUAGCAUGCUAUCUAGCAUUAGUCUCAAAUGACAGCUGAGGUUGAGAGAAUUCAGUGAGUAAUUUCCGUCAAGAGUAUCACAUCAAGUACUACAGUAUUUGACAAGCACCAUUUUGACAUGUUGGUGGUGCCAACAUAAUACUCAGGAUCAACAAAAUCAUUAGGAUUCAUUUUCAGGCAUCCAUCCAUAUUUUUUACCAAAUUGCCGCACAGUUCAUGAAACAGUUAUCGAGGUAUUUCACUCUAAAAACAGUGACUUAAACAAGAGCCAUGCUGCUAGCGUGGCUGAAAAAAAACAGACAAUAAACCCCAGUUACAUUUAAGCUAUUUCAGUGCAACACAACACACAACUCUGGUAAACAUGGAUGAUAAGGUAAUAGGUCAAACAUUUGUCCUUGAGCAAGAAGACAUUCACCUAACACAUAGAGGGUGAUGAAACCACGAGAAUUGGUCACCUGCCAAGGAGGUGCAUAUUCCAAAAGCAUAGGCAUCAGGUGGCUAAGAACUGAUCCCUGUUCAGCCUUAUUGCAGCAAGUUGGCUCCAUGUUCAUAAGAAGCAUAAACUAACAUACGACAGGCUUUUCGGAUAUGGCUGUGAGCAACAGACAACCAUUCUGCAA